GAGAUCUGUAUCAUAUAAGAAAGAGCGGUGCACCGUCUAAGCCCCAUGUGCCGUGCAUGCGUCCCGUGCCGUGUAUGCGUCCCGUGCCGUGCAUACGUCCCGUGCCGUGUACGCGUCCCGUGCCGUGUAUGCGUUCCGUGCCGUGUAUGCGUCCCGUGUGGCGCGCCUCGUCGGCGGGUCGGUCGGUGCGCCGCGCGCUGUGCCCGACCGUCUGUCUCAGCUCAGACGCCGGCUGGCGGCGGGUGGCGGAGGGUGGGGCGACCCAUGCCGGUCAGCUCAGGGUAGUCUGUGGCUUCUGGAGUCUGGAGUCUGGAGCUGUGGCUUUUCCUGGUGGUGCCGCGGUGGAGCGUGUGUUGAAUGGUUGGUGGAUGAACGGUGGUGAUAGUGGAACCACGGGACACACUGGAUGUCGUCUGCCUGCAUUUGAGGAGUGAGCGUACUAUGAAGAACGUUCAACUGAGGCGGCGGUCCGGGCCAUGGUAACUUUGAAAUUGGUUGUGGUCGUGCAGCCCAACUGUCGGUGCUGCAGUCUGGAGCGUUGAUCGAAGCGCCCGUCGAGCGCCCACCGGACCGCUCGGCUCACAAGAUCGAGCCGCCACGUCAGAGAGGGGAUUACCAAUUGCGUCGAUACUGCCUCGGGGACGAACCUGGCGCACCGCUGACGUGCCGCGGCGAAUCCGACUGACGCCUGGGUGACGAGCGCGGCGCAGUGCAGUGACGUUUGUGGCGCCACUGGCGCGCCUCUAUCGCCGGCUGGUGUUCUCCCGGGAGCGGACCUGGUGACGGUGUGUGGCGCCGAGAAGGCGCGGCCUGGUUCCAGAUGAAGCCGACGGACGUCUAGGAUGCUCGGCGCCCUGGCGUUUGUCCUGCUGCUGAGGUCGUCCGCUGACGGCCUCGACUUCCAGCGCGUGCUUCGGCCGGUGGUCAGCACUCCCGGACCGGGACCCUACUACGACGAGUACUUCUCGGGCAACGUGACCGUGCUUCUCGGCACAGAGGCCACGCUCAACUGUCGCGUCAAACAGGCCAGCGGCAUCACGGUGUCCUGGCUGCGCGUGGCUGACGUUCCCAAGCUGCUCUCUGUCGGCGCCUAUCUGUACACUAUGGACAAUCGGGUACAGGUGGAGCACAAGAGUCAGUCCUCAGACUGGACGCUGACGCUGCGGAACACCACCCACAGCGACACGGGCGUGUACGACUGUCAAGUGGGCACCACGCCGCCGUUGGACCGCUACAUCCACCUCACCGUCGUAGAGCCGGACACGGAGAUUCUGGGCGGUCCGGAGAUAUUUAUUGACCAGCGGAGCACCAUCAACCUCACCUGUGUAAUCGAGCACAGUCCGCAGCCGCCAGACUUCAUAUUCUGGGAGCACAACUCCAAGGUCAUCAACUACGACUCAGACCGGGGCGGCAUCAGUGUGGUGACCACAAAGGGCCGCACCACGGUCUCGCAGCUGCUGAUCCGACACGCCCGACCACCCGACAGUGGCCGCUACACCUGUCGACCGGCCAGCUCACGGCCGGCGGCCGUCAGUGUGCACGUCCUCAAAGGAGGUCAGAGGCCAGAGGCGAUGCACACAGGAGGCAGCAGCCACCUUCGGUCUACGUCACCGCUGCUGAUGGUGUUGGUAGCGCUUCUGCUGCUGGUGCCUACCCUGCACGUGGCGCUGGAGCCGCCUCUGGCCGACCGGCGCUGGGUCAAGGUCAGGUAGUGACAGCAAGAUGGCCGCCCGGCACCGCCAGAUGGCGCAUGAAGCUCGUCGGAACAGUGCGGGGAGUGUUCGGCACUUCAGCUCGCCAGAGCUGGGCUGUGGCCUAAGGGACUCUGGUCCAUGGCCUGGAGACUGUGAUGCUCUGUUUGUAAUACUGUCACUGGAGAGUCAGAGCAUCUUCCCAUUCAUCAGACUGUUCCUUUUCGGGAGAGUCGGAGAUGCGAGACGGUCUCAGUGUCAGUCGGUGGACAGCCGGGGCUUGGGCAAAUGCUUUCUGAUCGUUGAAUGCUUCAGGGCAUGUUUGUUCGGACCAAAUGAAUGACAAACGAUCUCAGCUCUUGCACGGGCCGUGAACGCUGUUCAUCUCUGUAGCGCAUUAUUCGGGGUUGAGAACGCGCAAUCAGCUCUGUGACGGCGAAGCGGCCCACAGGACUGGCAGCAGCUCUGGCCGCUGGGUCAAGACAGCCGUCUCCAGGAUUGGUGACGCAGCGCUGCCGCUGGAGCGGUUCGCUUGCCGCAGUUCAGCUGAAGAAGAUGUCUGAUGUGAAUGAUUGGGUUUGUGGUGCUACAUGUGAAGUAAAUGUAUGCUUUAUGAAAUGGACAGUAAUGUGACGAUGUGCUAUAUGCAAGAACGUGUGCGAUGUGAGAUAUCGUUUGGCUUACUGUUGAAAGUGAUGUGUCCAAAUUAUUUAUGAAAGGACGGCUCGUAUCGUAUGGGAUGACGGAGGGCUGCUGUCAUGUGUUCGAGGCGGUGACUGUUGUGACGGGCAGUGCAAGAAAAGGACAGAGGAUGGGGUGGUUGGGUGGAUGAGGGAAAAGGGCGUCGGUACUUGGGCCCUCUGGAUGGUCCCAAGGCGUUACCAGACGACUGCGUUUUGGAUCUGUGCUUAAUCUCUACGAGUUCUGUCGAGAUGUUACGAAAAAUUAUCGGCCCGUUGUUGCUACUGAAAGUUAAGUGUGUGCAUGUGGUCUGCGGGGAAAGGAAAAUGUAAAUGAUUACCUAAAAUGGUGGGGAUCUACAACAAUUGAUACCGACGACAAUGCUGAUUGUAAUGUGAUGUAACUGCUGUUGGUGAUGAAAAUGUUCUUCAGAAAUGCUCUCCAAGGUCUCAAACCUGCAUUUUGCUAGUUUCGUUGUACGUCAGCCAGUAUUUGGUGACUGAAUAAAGUAGUUAUGACCUACGGCAGUACCUCCCUGU